GGGGCAAAAGGCCUUAUUUCUUUUCAAGUAAGAAAUCAAAAAAUUCCUCUGCGUAACCGAAAGCCCUCACGCUACCUGGCUUCCUCCUUUCUAACGUGUUACACAAGUAGUAGGAAAAGGUGAAGCCUUGGCUAAUUUUGAAUCUUGGGUGUUUGAGAGUAAGAGUAAUUAAUAGUUUUAUAAAAAAGAGGUUGAUAAAUUGGGUGAGGGUGGGGGGAAAAGUGUGGUUGGGAGAGUGGAGGCGAAGAGGAAAAAAAUCGAUGAAGAAAAACCCUAGGAUCGGGAUCGAGGAGGCCGUGUAGAUGCAUGUCGGGGGAAUAACGGUGGAUCUAAAUUGGUUCCUGCAAUUCAUAUUUACGCUUUUUAUAUUCGCAUUGGGGGCUCUCCACUUGCUCAAGAACACGGCGUCGAAGUACUUCGAAGUCGACGCCAAUUUCGAUCGUGACCAAACAGUGCCUUCAAUGCCCAUGGACCCAGACCUCUCCCCUUGCGCCGUUUGCUCUAAUCCCGCCUCCAAGAAGUGCUCUCGUUGCAAAUCUGUUCGUUAUUGCUCCUCGGCUUGCCAACAGGUGCACUGGAAGGCUGGGCAUAAGACAGAGUGCAAAGUAAAGUCAGCACAGACUGCAAGCACAAAACCAUUUUUAGGAGUUGCUCUCGUUCCUGCCAGUGGAACCUCUAAGGUUAUCAAAAAGCCAAGAAAGGUGAAUCUUUUGACCCUUUUCAAAACGGAAAGAAGUAAAUUUGAAACUCAUGUUCCAUUUUUCUUUCAGGUUCUUUUUCCAUAUGAUGAAUUUGUAAAACUUUUUAACUGGGAGAAACCAGGAUUCCCUCCAUGUGGACUCUUAAAUUGUGGAAACAGCUGCUUUGCCAAUGUGGUUCUGCAAUGCCUUGUAUCCACUCGACCACUUGUUGCUUACUUGUUGGAGAAAGGCCAUCGGAAAGAAUGCAGACGUAAUGAUUGGUGCUUUAUGUGCGAAUUUCAAACUCAUGUCGAAAGAUCAAGCCAAAGUCUGCAUCCUUUUUCACCAAUUAACAUUCUCUCACGGUUGCCUAAUAUUGGAGGUAAUCUUGGUUAUGGAAGACAGGAGGAUGCACAUGAAUUCAUGAGGUUUGCUAUUGAUACAAUGCAAUCAGUUUGCCUUGAUGAAUUUGGUGGAGAAAAAGCUGUUGAUCCUAGCUCUCAAGAGACAACCCUUAUUCAGCAUAUAUUUGGUGGUCAUCUACAGUCUCAGGUGUUUUGUACAAAUUGCGAUAAGAUUUCAAGUCAAUAUGAAAAUAUGAUGGAUUUAACUGUUGAAAUUCAUGGAGAUGCUUCAUCGUUGGAGGAAUGCCUUGAUCAGUUUACUGUUAAAGAGUGGCUUCAUGGAGAUAAUAUGUACAAAUGUGAUGGCUGCAAUGACUAUGUCAAGGCAUGGAAGCGCCUUAGUGUACGAUGGGCUCCUAAUGUUCUUACUAUUGCCUUAAAAAGAUUUCAGAGUGGCCGGUUUGGGAAACUCAACAAAAGAGUUAGCUUUCCUGAGACCUUAGAUCUUACCCCUUAUAUGAGUGAAGAUGGAGAUGAUUCCAAUGUGUACAAACUUUAUGCAGUUGUUGUCCAUUUGGAUAUGCUGAACGCAUCCUUUUUUGGUCAUUACAUCUGCUACAUAAAAGAUUUCUGUGGAAACUGGUAUAGAAUUGAUGACUGUAAGGUUACAAGGGUUGAAUCGGAAGAGGUACUUUCUCAGGGAGCUUAUAUGCUGUUAUAUAGCAGGGUUUCUGCACGCCCAUCAUGUCUUAGAACCUCUGGAACUCAAAGGAUGGAUGAACAGAAGCCAAUGAAAGCUGAACUAGAGCAUUGUCCAAAGGAACAAAUUGAAUGUGUACCUGGAAAAGAUUCUGUUAAUUCUCGUAAUCAUUCUGCUUCCCUGUCACUAAAUGGUAGUUUGCAUUCAGAAAUUCCGAGACAUGGAGUUGAGUCAUCUACUGGAAUGAAUGGUGAUGCUUUUCAUGGACGCAAGGAUGGUGAUGUGGUUAAGUCAAAUUCAUCUCUGUCUAAGGAGGUUUCCAUCUGUUCAAAUGAGUCACCUUUCCAGAUUGAUUCAAAAGGCAGUAGAGUAAAUGGUGCAGAUAUGGAUAGGGUUGAUUCUACAACAGUGAGAGAAAAUCCGGAGAAUAUGGACACAAAUAGUGCUCAGCCAUGUUCUGAUACGAAGAAGGUUCCCAGCUGUGAUAAAGAUCUGGUUGUUGCAGCCAGUUCUGAAGCUGUAAGAGAACACCCAGAAAGUACAAAGAUGGUUGAAAUGGAGCAAUAUUUAUCAGUUACAAGAGAAAUAAAAAGCUGUGAGCAAGAUUCGCAAGUAACAAUUGAUUAUGUAAUGGAAGACUCAGAAGACAUCAGUAUGGCCGAUUCUAAACCAAGUGCAUCAAUUGCAGGGGAUAGCAGCAGCAAUUUUUCAUUUUCAGAUGAUACAUCUCCAGCCACCAGAACCUCUGGUGUGAAACGUGAAUUAUCCUUGCAACACGAGCGAGGGAAUGGGAUCAAGAGAGCUGAAAUAGCAGAUGGCAGUCAGCAAUAAUUGGCUGCAUUCUCUCGCUAAUUAUUUUGUUCAUAAUUUUUUUAAUCAUCCCAUCAUCGAAAGAAUAGAAUGAGUUGGGUGUCUUUAUCUGGGGCUUCAUUAUUUACAGAAAUCUCAGAUUCUAUUGUACCAAUUUUUAGAUGGCCCAUAACCAUUACAAAAUGGAAGGAUAUGGUCACAAUCAUUAGCAGGAAUUCCUUUGCUAAUAAUUUUAGCUCA